AUGAGCUCCAAAGAAACAGUCCUAAUCACAGGCUGCAGCGAUGGCGGCAUCGGCUCCGAAUUAGCCAUCGUCCUGCAACAGUCCGGAUCCCACGUUUUCGCUACCGCCCGCGAUCCCUCUAAGAUGUCAAACCUCAGCGGUCUGUCCAACGUAACGCUACUGACGCUCGACGUCGUCAAGUCGGCCGAUAUCAAGGCGGCUGCCGAAGCGGUCUCGAAGGAAACCAGCAGAACUCUGAAUUACCUCACCAAUAAUGCCGGGCGCAGCCAUUUCAUGCAUAUCCUAGAUGAGGACCUAGAUACUGUCAGGAAUUUCUUUGAGAUCAACUUCCUGGGACCCGUUGCUCUCACACAGGCCUUCGCACCCUUGCUUAUCAAAGCCAAGGGGAUGGCCGUGUAUGUCACAUCCAUUUCUGGAUAUCUUAACAUACCUUACAUGGGAACUUACUCGGCAUCCAAGAGGUCCUUGGAAAUCGUAGCCGAGACCCUGAGACUUGAGCUGGCCCCCUUCGGCGUUGACGUCCUAGAGCUGCCGCAGCAGUCCCUACACAAGAGCGUCGAGGAUAUCGUUGCCGUGAGGGCUCAGGGCAACGAAGGAAUGCCCCGCAUGGAAACUAGGGAGUACGCUGCUGCUGUGGUUGACGCGAUUAAAAAGCGCACGACAGGCCGGUUCUGGUGCGGCAAUAAUGCCGAUCAGAUCAAGAUGAGCACGACAGCAACAAGAUGCUGGGGCAGUAAUAAACACUGGGCUUGA